CUGUUUAGGUUCUAUGAGCGCAAGAAAGAUUCGCGUGGGAUGACACUUGAAGGUCGUUUGGCGAGACAACUGUUACUUAUCAGGGCAUCUCAAGAUCCAACGAUCUGUGCAGGUGCUGAAGAUGCGUUGGAAAGUGUACUUGGAGCCGUGAGUGCUCAGACCGCAUUUGAACUAUUGCUGUCAUACUUGAUCCACCACCUGAGCACUUGCCCAUACGAUCGGGAAAUGUGGGUUUCUGUGAGAUACCCUCCUGUUGGAUCUGGUUUUAUGUAUCUUUCAAAAUGGGUUAAGGAGAUCAAUGACGGUAGUUUUGUAACUACCUGGCUGAGACGAGGAGGAGCAGAAGUGUUUAGAAAGGGUAUGAACGAUGGUUUGAUCAGUGUACGAAAGUCCUGUGUUGAGGCUAUAGUUGCAUUCCAGGAUAUUGUGGGGGAUAGUGUGUAUGAUUUAUUGGAAGACUUGAGGGAUGACCAAUUGAACUUGGUGAGACACUAUGUAGCCAAGUCGAUAAGAAAGAAAGCUAGUAUUCGAAGUAUGAGUGUAGCAUCUCAGAUGAGAUAAUUCACACACAUACAAAAACACACACACAUACACACACACUACAUACAUACUUAUAUAUAUAUAUAUUAUAUAUAAUUGCUAUUAUUUUUCUUUUAUUUAAUUUUAUUAUUAUUAUUAUUAUUAUUAUUAUUAUUAUUAUAUCUAUAUACAUAUUUCCAU